AUGACUUUCCACAAGUUGGUCAAGAACAGCGCUUACUACAGCCGCUACCAAACCAAGUACAAGCGCAGACGCUCCGGCAAGACCGACUACUACGCCCGUAAGCGCCUCGUCACCCAGGCCAAGAACAAGUACAAUGCGCCCAAGUACCGCCUGGUCGUGCGCUUCACCAACAAGGACAUCAUCAUGCAGAUUGUGACCGCCGAGAUCACCGGCGACAAGGUCUUCGUCGCGGCCUACGCCCACGAGCUCAAGGCCUACGGCAUCAAGCACGGCCUGACCAACUGGGCCGCCGCCUACGCCACCGGCCUGCUGAUUGCUCGCCGUGCGCUGUCCAAGCUCGGCCUCGACAAGGACUUUGUCGGUGUCGAGGAGGCCGACGGCGAGUUCACCCUCACCGAGGCUGCUGAGACUGAGGACGGCGAGCGCCGCCCCUUCAAGGUCUUCCUUGACGUUGGUCUGGCCCGCACCUCCACUGGUGCUCGUGUCUUUGGCGCAAUGAAGGGUGCCUCUGACGGCGGUGUGCUCGUCCCCCACUCUGAGAAGCGCUUCCCCGGCUACGACAUGGAGUCCAAGGAGCUCGACACCGAGACCCUCCAGAAGUACAUCUUUGGCGGCCACGUCGCCGAGUACAUGGAGACUCUGGCCGACGACGACGAGGAGCGCUACCAGAGCCAGUUCCAGAAGUACAUUGACGACGAUGUCGAGGCCGAUGGUCUCGAGGAGCUGUACACCGAGGCCCACGCCGCUAUCCGCGAGGACCCCUGGAAGAAGGCUGAGAGCGAGGGCCCCAAGAAGACCAAGGAGGAGUGGAAGGCCAUCUCCAAGAAGUACAGACAGACCAAGUCUACCAAGGCCGAGAAGGAGAAGCGCGUCCAGGAAAAGAUCAAGGCUCUUCUUGCCGAGGAGUAA